AUGCUGUCUACUACCUCGCCGUACUCUCCUCACAUAGCAAGGGACUUGUUGUUCGAAAGUCUUGGCGUUGAUACUGCUGUUGAAGUUUUUGCCAAAUCAUUGGAGAAUUCAUUAGAAGCUAAUGAGAAUUUAAGGAUUGUACAGAAGAAAUAUGCAGAUAUGGUUCAUGAUAAACCUGCAGUAACAGAUAAAUACAUAGUGGACCGAUUAGCAGAAAUGUAUCCUUUAGAUAUGGAAAGACUAGUCCAAACGGAGGUUGCCAACGUUGUCAAAAUUACUAGGAGCAUAUCAAACUUGUUAAGCUUUCACAAACCACCAAUGCAAGGUUGUCUAUGUCAAGACACUAAAACUAUCGUAAGGAAAUUUGCUAGUGUUGAAAUCGUUUGGGCUUCCCAUAUUGUUGACAUGCAAAUCGAACCGUUAUUAAGGUUCACCCAUCACAAAGCCGAUGAAGAAAUGCGGUUUGAUAUACAUGGUACUCGCCUGUAUAAGAGGGUCGAUGUGGCAGCCUCAAAGGACGGAGAAGUUGCCGUUAUCUUUGAGAUUAAACUUGGAAGCCUAAAGAAGUUUUACACCGCACUGAGUUCUGACAGUGAAGUCAUCAACCAAAUGUUGUUAUCCAUGUGUGCUGCUAAGAUUAAAGAGGCCAUUUUAAUAACUCCAGAUAUCAUGGUCAUAGUGGAAUACAAAGGUAUAGGAAAUCAUCUCGGUAUCAAGAAGGUUCAGUUAGAUAUUCAAAAAUUCUUUGACAGGAACCAUGAGGAAAUAAAUCGUAUGGGUGUCUUAUAUUUGUGGUUAUCAAAGAAAGAAGACCUCCAAAUGCUGGAUAAGGAUGCGGGUGAGCUCAAUGGUUUUUUGGUCAAACAAUCUACACCGAUUGAAGAUGCUUGUAUGGAGAGAGAAGGUGGCCUCGCUGGAAAUGAAGCCUUUGCUGUUGAAGAUACAGCUUGUGAUACACAACAGGCAGAUACCGCUGGUGAAACUGAAGGUGUUUUGUCAGAGGCUAAAGGAUCCAUUACCAAAAAAUUCUUUAAGGGAAUGCAUUUGCAUAAACGUGAUCGCACAGAGAUAUCGAGAUCCUCCUUCAGAAGUACGAUUGGAAAAUGGAAGGUACAUAAAUGA